AUGGGGGAUACCGCAGGAGGCACCGCCACCGCAACUCCCCGCCCGUCGCCGUCGUCGCCGGCGGUCGCGUCGACGCGUGGCAGGAGAAGCAAGGAGACAUCCGCCGUCCGUACGAGCCCGACACCAGCGGAAGGCCCGUGGCGCUGUAUGUGCGGUGACCUCUGCGAGACGUCCACUGCUUUCUUUAUACACUCUCGCUGUUGCUUCUCGACAAAAGAAGCCAGUCCCUCGACGGGGAGAGUUGCUGACACUGCGGUGGAUGACGCAACUGCUAGUUCUGCGGUGGCGGCGGCUCCUAUUGUACCAACGGUACGGGAACAGAUGCUUUCUUCGCUCCGCGCCGCAGUAAGGUCUGACACGCUCCUCGGUGACAGUCUCUCCGCGGCGGUGCAUGCGAUUCAGCAAACAGCAGACGAGGGAACACUCUCAGGGAAGACUGGGCGGCUGUUACCAGUUUUUCUUCCGAUUUCUGGCGCCGUCCUUGCCGCUGCAGCUGCUCGCCGCCAGCAGAUCUACCAUACGAGUGAUGCCACAGAAGACACCAACGAUGCCCACAGCGUCUCAUCACCAUGCUAUACUGUGGUUCCGCAGGGACUACCGUACGCGCCAAGAAUUGCGAUAGCCAACACGUAUCGUUCUCGUGCAGCCUUUGGAGUGCUCGACGACGAUAAAGAUUCUCAGCUGUCAAACAGAAGCUUACCCUCCUCAAUAGAUGCCAGCUCGAUGCAUGAAACUUCGGCGUCACCAUGUGAUGACAGUGUGCCUCUUCCACGUCUCCCCAAACUACGGUACAACCCUGCCCAUGGGGAUAUGUCCCUCUAUGUGUACAAGCGUUUUCUACCACGGGAAGAGUAUUCGUGCGAGAAUGAUAAUGACAGCAGAUACACUAAUGCUGACACAUGCAAAAGAAAACAACUCCGAAUAGAUCCACCUUGCAUGGACAGGAUCUUGCGCCAGGAAAAACGACGUAUAGCGCGUGUUCCCAUGCCUGUGGUAGAAUGGUAUUACCCAAACUGA